UACUCAUACUGAAUUAAACAUAAAGCUCCACCAUGCUGAACUGGUCUGAAUCCUUACGAAAUAUCUAUAGUUGAUUGCAGCUCAAUACCUGAUCUCAGCCGUAUAGUACACUUUCUGAAGAAAGAUGCUUAUAAAUACCAAAAUGGAUACUGUAAUUAGUUUUAAAGGGCUUUAUAAAUAAACGGACCCCCCCUCCUCAUUAUUCCCGGGCAGCCUAGAAAAGCAGUUGCUACCUUGCUUCCGAAAUCUCGGCCUCUCUUUCCUCCUGAAGCAACUCCAGCUGCCGGAGGACAAACUUCUCAACCGGCGUCGCCAUCACGGCAGCCUCGCCCUCUCUGUUGUGGACUGCAGCCCGAAAUCAGAGUUCACAAAAUACCUCAUCAUGGCAAGGUUCUAAAGAGUGACCUGAAAUGCACCCUAACCCUUCACCAUAAGAGGCUGAACUUACAGUUUCAAGACAUAAAGAGGCCCUCAAAGUUAAAGUGCUUGUCAGACUUGCCAAUUGCAUAGAACUGCUUUGGAGAACAUUUAUGAUCAUCAAGUGGCAGAACUGGCAGAUAACUGAGCAGUGAGUGGAAUUUGGAGAUCGGGGAAGAGCAAAAUAUACUGUGCAGUCUGCGCCUCUCAUUGUGUACCAUGAGUUCAGCCAAAGUAAAGCAUGAUGGAGCCAAGCGCAGAAAAAACAAGAGAGGAAGUGGUGUUGUGCAAGGAUGUCCAUGUAGCAGUCUGGGUGAGAUGGCUGCAGGAACAUCUUCUAUACCCAGUAUUCCCUCUUUGCCAUCCACGUCCCUCAUGGCCUCACCUUUAGAAACUGCUAGCAUUUGCUCCUCUUCUAAAGCUGGGCUGAGUGUUCUGGAAACAACAGGCUCCUCAAGUGGUAGCAAAGAAAUGGAACAGAAAAAGAUGCAGAGCAAGUAUUGUGAAGAAAAUACUACUCCUAUACAGAUUUGUAGCCAAAGUAGAAUGGCAGCUUCAGCUACAGAAACAGUUUCAGAAACAGAGCCUAUUGAAUCAGAUGGAAAUGUUGAAGAAGUAGUAGAUCUUACCUGUGAGCCUUCCAUAGUUGAUCUCACCCAUAAUGAUUCAGUUGUAUUUGUUGAUGAGGUUAAACAGUGUCCCCAUCCAGAGUUAAGAGCCCAGGUGUUGUCUCAUGGCUAUAUAUUAUGCAGUGAUGAUGACAGUGAAUGCAGAGAGAGUGAUGUACCUGUUGCCAGCAAGUUGUCCAGCAAAUUGGACAAGGAGACAGUUGGAAGUUCAGGAUCUUCAGGCACUGUGAGUUGCCCAAUUUGCAUGGAUGGCUAUGCAGAAAUUGUGCGCAGUGGACGGCUUAUAGUGUCGACAAAAUGUGGUCACAUCUUCUGUAGUCAGUGCCUUUGUAAUUCUCUUAGAAAUGCCAGCUUUUGCCCAACGUGUAGGAAAAAACUCAAUCACAAACAGUACCAUCCAAUUUAUAUAUAAAGGUUUGGAUCCCCCUGAGAACACUUCAGUUGGGACUUUCUUGAGUACUUCAUAAACUUGAAUGUAUAUACAACUUAAAUGUGGCAGUUACUACUGGACUUCUUUUGUGGUUCAUUUGAACCACCCAAACAUCAUUUUGCUUUAAUGCCUUUUUACAACUUUCAGGAUCUGCAAGUGAUUAAAGAGCAGCUUGUUCUGUAACAGAUACGGCUAGUACCACCACAUGACUUUAGAACAAAUUUUAAAAAGUUUCUGUAUAAUUCUGUUACUUUUUCAGAAAAAGAAGGGUAUAGAGUGCAUUGCUUUAUUUGCCCAAGACCAGGCUAUUAGGACUACGAACAAAUUUAUGAUACAAACCCUUAAUUGAUGAGCUUGCUCUUAAAUAUGUAUCAUUCAGUCAUCAGCUGGUAAAAAAGUUGAAUCAACUGCUUUUCAUCAUAAACCUUUAAUUUUCAAAAUAGUGUCCUGUGACUCUCACAAGAUUGAAACUUGAGCUAUUGUAGUUGUAUAGUAGAAUUUGAGGUAUGUUCAUAGGACCAGUGUUUGAGCCUCUGAAUCAUCACUGUAUUGUACAUCCUAGUCUUGUGUGCAUCAUUUCAGUCUUUUGAAACAAGGACCAUUAUAGAAAAUAUCUUUGAACAUAUAAUAUAUAAAUUAAAUAUUAUCCACAAAGGCAUUUGAUCUCCCCGGCCACCUCAGAAUUCCAUAUGCAAACAACUCUGAAACAUUUGCAUAGAAGUUGAGUUGUAUGUAAAAUUAACAUUGUUAAUCACUACUUUCACCUGACUUCUACUUGUAUAGAUAUUAUUAACAAAUAACUUCAAAUUUAAUUUUAUUCCACACCUGUUUCACCAAUGUGACAUUUUACCCUAUUAGAAAGUUUUAGAAUAUUUAAUUGCAUUUGAGUUGUACUAGGAAAAACUGGAUUUCUGUGCAGAAUCCUGAAUAUGCAAACCAAAACUGCAGAGAUACGGUAAUCACCACUUUUGGCAUAUGCUAGCGUUCCAUAGCCUGGUGCUGUCCAGCUGUGUGGAACUGCAAUUACCACCACCACCACCCAGCAUAGCUUUUAGCUGUACUGCUAGUGAAGAUAGAUUUAAUACUUUCAGGCUCUAGUUUGGGAGUAUCAUGUUUAUACUGUGUUCAGCCUUCUGAAAAAUGCUUCAUUAGUUUAGUCUUUUCACUAAUAUUUUUGCAAUAUUAUGUGUGUUACAAUGGCUUCAGCUGUUAGAUGCCCUUUCCCUGUUUAGAGAAACACUAAAUCUUUGCAGGAAAAGGCAAAACGGUACAGAAAAGCAAAACAAUGUUCAGUGAACUAUUUAGGGGCAACUAAAAAACUGUCUAAAUUAGAGCUAGAAAUUUAGUAAUAAAUUGUUAUGUUCUUAACUAUGCUUUUCUCAAAUGUUGGCUAAUAUAGCUGUGUAAAAUAUGAUGGACAAUUAUUUAGCAAUGAGUCAAAAUUUACAAUUGCCUGACUGUAUGGAUUGUUGCAUACUAUUCUCUUCAGACUUUUCAAAUUUUUCUAGAAUACUGCAUUAGUAUAUUGUUAAUAAAACAUGGUAUGGUCAACAAAGUUCUGUAAUAGCAUUUAUGGCUGAAAUCAAGUUGUAAGUCAGUACAAGAGUCGGCCCAUUUAAUCAGUGGUAUUUAUGGAGGAGUGGACUGACCAGAUCUCCACUGAUACCACAAGCCUACUCUAGUUGUGGCUUACUACUGAAUUUCAUCUAGUGAGUUCUGCCAUUUCUCAAGGAAAGGUAACACAACAAAUAUCGUACCAAUAGGGUUGCCAACACUCAGAAGAGUGAAAAUGAAUCAUUUGGCAUUUGGUUUCAGAGCAUGUAAUAUUGGCUGAGUAAGAAAGCAGGAGUAUUUAAGACACUUUCAAUUCUUUGCUUGUAAUUUUACCUUUGUUAAGUAAUUACUAAGUUCAUGUUUAUGUUUUGGGCAUUAUUAUGUUUGUUGGCAUUUACUUUUGUACUCCAGAUGAAAGUAAU